UUGCGGACGGAAGGACGGUUUUCGCGUAAAAACUUCGCUUAAAUUCGAGUGCGUAGUGGACGGGAGGAGAUUCCGGACGCAGGGAAAAGCCGCGCCCCUCGCCGUCUUUCGCGUUCCGGCGGAGGGGCUUUGCGCCUCGGCGCCAUGGAAUUGGCCAACGGUCCGUACAGCUAGCGGAGGCUGGCAGCGAUGGACAGCCUGCACGUCGGCGGCGGUCAACAGCCCGCCGCCAACAGUAAGACGUCUAGCAGGAGCGCGUCGCCGUGCAGGCACCGGCAAGGCGGCGACCACCACGUCGCCGGGGGCGGCGCCUACCACCCGCACCACGUCAAGAGUCUGAGCCACGGCUCCGCCGAGAGCGCCAAAAGCCACGAAGGCGGCGCCCACCACCACCACCACCACCGGCGGCACCGCUCCCCCACGUCUCAGGGCCGCGGCACGAUGGAGGCGGCGCCGGCGUCGGACCCGGGGGCGGCCGACGAUUCGACGCACGACGCCGACGCGUCCGACCUCUACGCGGCGUCGUUCGCGUCGAACGGCAGCGGCAAAGACGACGAGACCGACUACAAUAUCCUCGACGCUAAGACGAGCGCUGUCCUGGAGCACCUCGGAAACAAAAUAGUACGGGUGCGGGACCUCAUCAGGACCGAGCAGAAGCUCAGAGACGACAACGUCAACGAGUACCUGAAGUUGGCCGCGAACGCGGACAAGCAGCAGGUGCAACGCAUCAAGGCCGUGUUCGAGAAGAAGAACCAGAAGAGCGCGCAGGUGAUCGCGCAGCUGCAGCGCAAGCUCGACGGCUACCAGAAGCGCGUCCACGAGCUCGAGCGACACGGCGUGCAGGGGCACAGGCCGCCGCGCGAGGUGCUGCGCGACAUGGGCCAGGGGCUCAAGAACGUCGGCGGCAACAUCCGCGACGGCAUCACCGGCUUCAGCGGCUCGGUGAUGUCGAAGCCGCGCGAGUUCGCCCACCUCAUCAAGAACAAGUUCGGCAGCGCGGACAACAUCAGCCAGUUGUCGACUUGGUACGUAGGAGGAGGCGGAGCGACGACGACGAGCACGUCGGAGGGCACGCCUCCCACGGCCAGCGGCGGCAGCGACCAGGGCGACCACGCCAAAGUGUCGACGGCUGCGACGCCCACUGGUCGACACCACGGCUCGGCGACGCUACCGAUGACUGCCUCGCAGUCGUCGAUGGCGGCGGCCGCGGCCGCCGCGAAGAAAUUCCCCACGAGCGACGACGGCGCAGGCAGCGAAUGCGAGAGCAGCGUGACGAGCGACAGCAUCGGCAGGUACGGUCGGCCGCAGGACGUGCAGGAUUGCGUCGCGGAGCUCGGCAAGCGGCUCCGCGCGUUCCAGGAGCAGCUCGAAGGGUGCCGCGAGGGUCUCGAUUCGGUCAAAGCGCUGCAGACGGAAAUCCAGUUCCUGAACCUCGCCAUACAGGACGAGCGGUUCCGGACCGAGAGGCUCGAGGAACAGAUCAACGACCUCACGGAGCUCCACCAGAACGAGGUGGAGAACCUCAAGCAAGCGAUGGCCGACAUGGAGGAGAAGGUGCAAUACCAGAGCGAGGAGCGGCUUCGCGACAUCCACGAGAUGCUCGAGCACUGCCAGACCAAGAUCCAGAAGAUGGAGCACCAGGCGUUGCAGCAGCAGCAGUACGUGACGCUCGAGGGGCUGGAUAACUCGAACGCACGCGCCCUCGUCGUCAAGCUGAUCAACGUGCUACUGACGGUGCUGCAGGUGGUGCUGCUGCUGGUCGCGACCGGCGCCGGCAUCAUAAUGCCGUUCCUGCGGACGAGGGUCCGGAUCAUAACGACCGUCGUGUUCGUCGUGUUCGUGAUCUUCACGCUGAAACAAUGGCCCGAGGUGAGGGACAUCGGCGGUCACGUGAUGAAACGGCUCAAGGACACGCUCGACCCGGAGCAGUAGCGCGAGGGGGCGUGGUUUCGAAGUCCGACAGGGUGGGGGGUGCGGCUGUGAUUUUCGAGAUGGCGGACGACGACGACGCUGUCGCGCGCUCAAAACCGUCCCGGCCAGCGGCGGAGCACGGGCGGGGAAGCAUUGGAGGCCCAGGCCCCGCCCACAAACACACACACACACACACACAAUAUUUUAGGAAAUCGUUUGUUACGCGGCGCGGAUACAAAUUCUAUAGUUCUAUAUAUAUUAUAUACGUGGCUUAAGUAAUUUAUAUGCAGAUGAUUAGUUUUUAUUAUUUUUACGUCUAAUUUGUAUUUUUUGCGUAGUUUCGAGAAUAAAGGAUUAAUUUUUCUUUUUA